AAGUGUCCGGACUGGAAGGGGGGGGAAAGUGUCCGGACCGGAAGGGGGGAAAGUGUCCGGACUGGAAGGGGGGAAAGUGUCCGGACUGGAAGGGGGGUGAAAGUGUCCGGACUGGAAGGGGGUGAAAAGUGUCCGCACUGGAAGGGGUGUGAAAGUGUCCGGACUGGAAGGGGGGGAAAGUGUCCGGACUGGAAGGGGGUGAAAGUGUCCGGACUGGAAGGGGGGAAAGUGUCCGGACUGGAAGGGGGGGAAAGUGUCCGGACUGGAAGGGGGGAAAGUGUCCGGACUGGAAGGGGGUGAAAGUGUCCAGACUGGAAGGGGGGGAAAGUGUCCGGACUGGAAAGGGUGAAAGUGUCCAGACUGGAAGGGGGUGAAAGUGUCCGGACUGGAAGGGGGUGAAAGUGUCCGCACUGGAAGGGGGUGAAAGUGUCCGGACUGGAAGGGGGGGGAAAGUGUCCGGACUGGAAGGGGGUGAAAGUGUCCGGACUGGAAGGGGGGGAAAGUGUCCGGAC